GAGUUUUGGGGUCACUGCUCACACCUCUCCACCACUGCCCCCCAGAAUAACUUUGAGGAGCCCAUUGCCCUGCAAGAGAUGGACACGAGCAACGGGGUCCUGCUGCCCUUCUACGACGCCGAUUCCAGCAUUGUCUACCUCUGUGGGAAGGGUGACAGCAGCAUCCGGUACUUCGAGAUCACGGACGAGGCUCCCUAUGUGCACUACCUGAACACCUACAGCAGCAAGGAGCCCCAGCGGGGCAUGGGCUUCAUGCCCAAGCGUGGGCUGGAUGUCAGCAAGUGUGAGAUCGCCAGGUUCUUCAAGCUGCACGAGCGCAAGUGCGAGCCCAUUGUCAUGACGGUGCCACGCAAGUCAGACCUCUUCCAGGAUGACCUGUACCCCGACACACCAGGCCCCGAGCCGGCCCUGGAGGCAGAUGAGUGGCUGUCAGGGAAGGAUGCAGAGCCCAUCCUCAUCUCUCUGCGGGAUGGGUAUGUGCCCAUCAAGAACCGGGAGCUGAAGGUGGUCAAGAAGAACAUCCUGGACAGCAAACCCCCACCAAGCCCCCGGCGCAGGCACUCCACCUGCGACUCAGACUUCUCUCAGCCAGCCUUGGAGGAGGUGCUGGAGGAGAUCCGUGCCCUGAAGGAGACGGUCCAAGCGCAGGAGAAGCGCAUCUCCGACCUGGAGAACAAACUCGGCCAGUUCACCAACGGCACGGACUAGCGCGGUGGCUACGGCCACGAGCACGGGCAGGGCCAGGACUGCCCCGGCCUGCCGGGGAUUAAAGCCGAGUCCCCACCUUGGGCAGGAGCCCGGAGCCGAGUUCUUUCCCCAGGAGCCGAGGGGGCAGGCAGGGGUCUGACCUGACCCUGCCUCCACUGGCAUCAGUGGCAUCCUGGCCCAUGGGCACCCACUGCAGCUCCCAAAGGGGUAUCCUGCUCCAUGGGCAUCCACUGCAGCUCCCAAGGGGUGUCCUGCUCCAUGGGCACCCACUGCAGCUCCCAAAGGGGUGUCCUGGCCCAUGGGCACCCACUGCAGCACCCAAAGGGGUCCCACUCCUGCCAAGCACCCCAACACGGGGGCCUGCAGGCUGGGCACAGAAGCCUCCCAGCACAGGGAACUGCCAGGCCCUCCCAGGCCGGGAUGUGCUUGUGCACGGUGCUACACCCCCACCCCAUCACCCUCUCACCUCCCCCUGCCCCAUCAGCCCCUCGGAGGGUGCUCCCACCCGGCUCUUUGCUCCUGCACCCCUUUAAUAAAGGGCUCAGCCACC